AUGAACCUGGGAGUGGAAAUGCUGUCCAGAGGCAAGGUAGCCCUGGGCAAUUGGGCGCUGCAUCAUCAGAUGAAUUUGGCAUUAAAAGGAACAGCUGUACAGUCAAGCACAUUUUACACCUGGGGAGCUGCAAACGCCAUCGACGGCAUCAGAUACACUCCAGGUUUAGCCUCAAGCUGCUCCAUCACAGAUUACGAGCUCAACCCGUGGUGGAGGCUGGACCUGCUGGAUUCUUACUCCAUUUCCAACGUGACCGUCACAAACAGAGGCGACGGCUGGCCAGAGCAAACGGCUGGAGUAGAGAUCCGCAUCGGAAACUCUCUGGAAAACAAUGGGAACAACAAUCCCAGAUGUGGUGUCACUUCACUUGUCCCAGCAGGCAGUUCUGUCAGUUUCUCUUGCGGUGGAAUGGAAGGUCGUUAUGUGAACAUGUACAUUCCUAACAUCCACGCAUACCUCACACUGUGUGAGGUGGAGGUUUAUGGAACAGACUCUUGUGAAGACUCCAUAUGACCCAGCACCUGUGAGUAGAUGAUGGCUACCCUGCAAGGACUCCAGACACAAAAUGAUGACAUUUUCAUUGGUUUUAAAUGC